AAAAUUGAAAUCCUUUAUUUAGAGAUCUAGAAGUGAGUGAGAGAGUAAAUUGAACCCGCCGGAGUUUUCUGUCUUUCCGGUAACGUCACGCCGCCGGCAAGAAUCAUUGAUAAAAUUUUAUUUUUUAUUUCUAUUUUUUCAGACAUAAACAAAAAACAAAAAACACACCCCACGAGCUGAGCGUUGAAUAAGUCAGUCUAUUGACUCUUUUCCCAAAAGAAAAAAAAAAAAGAAUUUUUAUUUCUUUCAUUAAAAAAAUUUCACAAACCAAAUUAUUAGUUUUCUUCAUCACCACCAGCCUAAAUCUCAUUUCUUAAGGAGACCUAAAUCGAUCGGUGAAGUCAAAAACCACCAAUCCAUGGAGGAGAAUCGUGGCGAUGGUUCCGAUUUAGAGACGGCGGAGAAGAUAAUACUCCGGUGGGAUUCAACAACAUGUGAAGAAGCUAAAGAGAAUCUUAUUUUCCAAAGCGGUGGUGAUCGAGAUGAAGUAGAUCGUUACUUACGAGCCGUAGACGAACUCCAAAGACACAUCUCUUCAAUCUCAGUCUCCGACCAAGUCAAAGCAGCUACCUCAACGAUUCAAAUCGCCAUGGCUAGACUCGAAGACGAGCUGAGAAACAUCUUGAUCUCUCAGACUUCUACUUUCGAACCUGAAACCCUUCUCCUCGAUUCAUCCUUGUCUUCUUCCUCUUUCGCUUCUUCCUCACGCACCGAGCUUGACGAUGACUACAGCGUAACAACUUGUGACGAAGAUGAAGAGCAACAACAACAACAACAAGUGGAUCUGGUUCUACCGGAAGGUUCGGAUUCCGGUUCACGCCGGUUAUCGAGGAGCAGAAGAAGCAAUAGCAAAUCCACUAGCAGUAUACGAGAGAUCGAUUUUGUAUCUCCCGAAGCUGUCUCUGAUCUGAGAUCGAUUGUUCAGAGAAUGAUCGGAGCUGGCUACUCACGCGAGUGCCUUCAGGUAUACGGAAACGUUAGAAAAACCGCCAUGGAAACGAUGUUUAAGCAGCUAGGGAUUGUGAGAUUAGGUAUUGGAGAUGUGCAGAGACUUGACUGGGAAGCUGUUGAAGUCAAGAUCAGGAGAUGGAUCCGUGCGGCUAAAGUUUGCGUUAGAGUAGUCUUCGCUAGCGAGAAGAGACUCUGUGAGCUGAUAUUUGAAGGAACCGUGGAAGAGACGACAUGUUUCAUGGAGAUUGUCAAAGGCUCUGCUUUGCAGCUUUUCAAUUUCCCUGAAGCUAUAAGCAUUAGUAGAAGAUCACCUGAGAAGCUAUUCAAGAUUCUUGAUUUACACGAUGCGUUAACAGAUUUGUUACCUGAUAUGGAAGAGAUCUUCGAUUCGAGUUCAUCCGAAGCCAUUCUUGUUCAAGCUACAGAGAUACAAUCAAGAUUAGCUGAAGCAGCGAGAGGUAUACUCACUGAGUUUGAGAACGCUGUGUUUCGUGAGCCUUCUGUUGUUCCUGUCCCUGGAGGAACUAUACAUCCAUUGACUAGGUAUGUGAUGAACUACCUCAACUUGAUCUCUGACUAUAAAGAAACGUUGAUUGAUCUCAUCAUGACCAAACCAUGUCGUGGUUUGGAAUGUACCAAUGAUAGAAACAAUCCCGAUAUGGAUAUCUCUCAGCUUGAAGGGAUAUCUCCGUUAGCUUUGCAUAUGAUUUGGACUAUGGUGAUGCUACAGUUUAAUCUUGAAGAGAAGUCUGUGCACUACAAAGAUGAACCUUUGUCUCACAUCUUCGUCAUGAACAAUGUCCAUUACAUAGUUCAGAAGGUGAAAAGCUCUCCGGAGCUAAUGGAGUUGAUUGGGGACAAGUAUGUAAGAAAGCUUACCGGGAUAUUUAGACAGGCAGCUACCAAGUAUCAGAGAGCCACGUGGGUCAGAGUUCUGAAUAGCUUGAGAGAUGAAGGAUUACAUGUGAGCGGAAGCUUCUCUUCUGGUGUAUCGAAAAGUGCUUUAAGAGAGAGGUUUAAAGCUUUCAAUACAAUGUUUGAAGAGGUUCAUAGGAUUCAGUCGACAUGGUUGGUUCCAGAUACUCAGCUUAGAGAAGAACUCAGAAUAUCUCUAUCGGAGCAUCUUAUACCUGCUUAUAGAUCAUUUCUUGGAAGAUUCAGGGGACAUAUAGAGAGUGGAAGACAUUCGGAAAACUACUUGAAAUACUCUGUUGAAAAUCUUGAAACUGCAGUGUUGGAUUUCUUCGAAGGAUAUACCACAGCUCCACAUUUGAGACGGUCUCAGUGAAAGAAGAAGAUUGGAAAAAACCAUAAAGGUUUCCUUUUUGGUUUCCCACAUUAGAAUUUUUUAGCCAUAUAUAUCAUUCUUUGAAUUCUUUCCAUUUUCAUGUGGCAGUGUUCAGAUUGUUCUCCAGCUUCUGGUGAAUAAGUCUCUCACUCUUUUGUACUUGUAAGCAUAUUUAUUUGUUGUGUGUUGUUUGUUUGUUGCCAAAUUUUCAAUACUCUCUCGAUUGUUGAUAUAAAUGUUUGAUUUUUGUAUUUUGUGACUUUUGAUGUACUAGUUCCUUCAUAAAUGCACUGUACUAGUUCCUUCAUAAUUGCA